GUUUGGUUGUUGACGUGUCCCCCACAGUUUUUGACAUGUGCCCGUACAGCUGCCGUAUAUGACGUGUUUCAUUUAAAUGUGACUGAAUAUUUAUCCGACUGUGGGCCCCCGGCGCGCCGGUAUAUAAGGCUUGAGUUACAGAAUCAGCUGAUCGCCACUCCACCGGCUGAUCGCGAACACACUACACGGACUAACAACCCACGUGUUAUUGGAAUUAACUUUUUGAUUGACUUUUCAAGCAGAUUAUACCUCCAAACAAAAACUAACAUGGAACUGUACAAGAGUGUGUUGCUGUGUGUCCUAGCUGUUGUUCUAUUGGCCGAUGUUUUCACGGCUACACCAAUCACAUCUCGUCAUUCCCGACAGCUGCGGUCCAAUCAUCAUUUUAGGGUAGAACAGGAUAUAGACGAAGCGUUUUCAAUCCUUGAGGCGGAAAAUGCCUUCAAUUCCCGGAUGCACCGAGGCCGGAACGCCAACCGACGCAGGCGCAGUUUCCCAAAUGAGACCGUAAUGGCCUUUCGACAUUGCUUCAACCAACUUAUGCGUGCCAGACGGCGCAAUCCCCGAGGACAGCUGUCCGAGAGGUGUGAGCGAGUGUUGAGACCAUACAGUCGGUCUAGCGACACGGUUAUCAUUAUCGAAAAGUAAAAUGGACAAUGAUUUGAUUGGACAAAAACAAAGAUAAUAAUCAAAGCGUUUCUGACCAAGGACAACAAUUUCACGGCCAUGAGUGCACGACAAGACAGUAAAAAAACGCUUAACAAAUGGCACCUGACUUCAGCGUUGUGGCAACGACAAUGUGUGAACACAGACAUUCCACCGGGGGAGGGUGAAUCUGGACCCUCACCAAAUGACAUUUUAAAUCCGAGAACAUUAGCUAUAAAAUCUGUUUCUGAACUUUUCUUGCGUCGACAAGAUAAGGGCUCACUUAUAUUGCAUCAAUAUAUGUGUUUUAGUCUCGUUAUGUAACAUUACGAUGUAAUAUAACAUUGCUCUACAUUCUCACAGUGAACAGAUGUAUGUGAUUUACUUAGGAGGCAGAAUAACACCAAUUAUCAUUAAAUUAUUUUAAUUUUAGGUGAGCGGCGUGUAAGGGAGUGAGAGAGAGGUCCGUUGUAUUUAUGUAGAUCUACACCAUGUCACAGCCUCAUAUGUUUACGCUGAUCAUGGUCCAUUCAUUUGUAUAUGUAGAGUAAGAUAGUGUGGAGGUUAUGUUGAUAGGAGCGAGGCUACCAUAGACACCAUUUCCCCUAGCAUAUUAAGUUAACAAGUUGACAACAUGAGAUGUUCCAUAGCUGUGUAUAAAGUGCAUUAUUUCACAGCUAAUUUUGAAACCUUUUUCCUUUGGUAGAUGCAUUGAUAUUUGCAAUACUUUAGCGAUGACAGCGGUCAUGUCCGGCUAGGUCAGAGGUAAUGUCCGGCUAGGUCAGAGGUAAUGUCCGGCUAGGUCAGAGGUAAUGUCCGGCUAGGUCAGAGGUAAUGUCCGGCUAGGUCAGAGGUAAUAUCCAGCUAGGUCAGAGGUAAUGUCCGGCUAGGUCAGAGGUAAUGUCCGGCUAGGUCAGAGGAAAUAUCUAGCUAGGUCAGAGGUAAUAUCCAGCUAGGUCAGAGUUGGCUUGUUACAUUUUUCUAUUUUACGCAUUCACAGGUAUUGGUGCAUAUGACAGUGGUGCGUUCAUGCAAAAGCUUUUCACAGAACCGGAAGUGGAACUUUUGCACUUGCCUGUAUUUGAAAUAAAUAAAUCACCAAUCAUAAAUACAUUUUAAUCGCCUGUCUGUGUUAGUAUAAAGCUUGGGAGACUAGCAGCUAAGGUUUGAGGUUUCAUAUUAACGCCCGGGCUUCUGUUAAACUAUGAAUAUGUCAUACGAUUUCACUGAAUUUAGUGUUCUUUGUUAUGUAUCUAAUGAUGUGUAGUGAGGGGGUUAAACAAUGUAUGUAUGAUUGCGAGUGAGAGCACGAGAGAGAUAAGUAUCCGUACCUACAGAUAAUGUGGAGGUCCUUCACCAGGCAUUGGGUGGUCAGUGCCUUGUGUCAAGUGAAAUCCAUAUCAUGGUAAAAUCCGUUGUUAUUCUUUGACAAUAAAAACCAAGGCAAUUACA